GGGUCACGGUUUGUGCGAGCACAUCUGGUCCGCUUUAUUCUCUCUCCCUCCCCCUCCUUGGCUUUGGCUUCGCGUUUUUGCUUUGGAGUUUUGGUUAUCGUGCAGGUGUGCCAUGGCGGUCUUUUCGUGUCUGAGGUGUGGCUACGCGUACGAGUUCCUCGUCUCGAACAGCUACACCCGCAAACUCCUCACUCGCUCCGAUCACUGUCCCAAGUGUGACCGGCUCUCCACCUUUCGCUUCAUGAGCGUGAGCGGCAUGGUGGGGCGUAUGCCUUGCAAACCCGUCGACACACCCGGGCCCUCCUACGCCACGCUGUACUGGCGUAAGCAGCAGACUGGCAAGAGCGCUUCGCAACCGUUGAACGAAGUGUGCAAGAAGAACGAGUUUUAG